AUGCUGCUCGCUCUGCUUGUGUGUAGCCUGGUUCUGGUCUCUGCCGUGGGGCAGCAGGUGAACGAUGACUGGGUCGACCCGCAUGAUAUGCUCCACUACGACUCAACCACCAAGAGCAUGAGGAAGCCCACUGAGGUGCGCUGUUGUUUAUCUGGCUGCACAUGUCAGCCAACAUGCGACCAAGUGUUCAAGAGAUUCCUCAACAGGCUCCUGAAGGAAAUGCAAAAAGUUGGUUUGCCCACUGACUCCUCAGACGCUUUCUAUGAUGCCAAAGUUGGAGUUUCUAAAGAAGCCAUCACAGAGAUUCAGACACUUGUGGAUGGUGACGGGAGCUUUACAACUGGUGCUCUAGACACUGCCGUCAGUCAGAUACUAGUGGAUCUCAAACCACAUGACUGUGAGGCCUGGAAGUGGCGUUUCAAGGACAGUUUUGGCGUGGAGCUGGACACACUGUUAAAGAUCGGGCUGUGUGUUCUGGUCAUGAUGGCCAUCAUCUGCACGCAGCUGAGGUCGACCGUGUCCUGGAUGCUGCUCGCUCUGCUGGUGUGUGGCCUGGUUCUGGUCUCUGCCGUGGGGCAGCAGGCGAACGAUGACUGGGUCGACCCAUAUGAUAUGCUCCACUACGACUCAACCUCCAAGAACAUGAGGAAGCCCACUGAGAUUGAAGAACAAAAGAAGAAGAUCUCACUCCUCUCAGGUCAGCCGACAUGCAAUCCGGUGUUCAAGAGAUUCCUCAAAAGGCUCCUGAAGGAAAUGCAAAAAGUGGGUUUGCCCACUGACUCCUCAGAAGCUUUCUAUGAUGCCAAAGUUGGAGUUUCUAAACAAGCCAUCACAGAGAUUCAGACACUUCUGGAUGGUGACGGGAGCUUUACAACUGGUGCUCUUGACACUGCCGUCAGUCAGAUACUAGUGGAUCUCAAACCACAUGAGUAUGAUGCCUGUAAGGGGCGUUUAAAGGACAGUUUUGGCGUGGACCUGUGCACACUAUUAAUGAUCGGGCUGUGUGCUCUGGUCAUGAUGCUCAUCAUCUGCACGCGGCAGUGGUCGACCGUAUCCUGGUUCGUGCUGUUCACUGGACUCUUUGCUGUCUGCUUCGCUGUCAGUAUUGUCUGGAACUGGUUUUACCUGUAUAAGAUCGCCUUAGCUGAGCAUCAUCACAACCUGGUGAAGAUGGACAGUGUAAGGGAAAAAUGCACCGGCAUGAAGAAAAUUGACUGGGCCGACAGUUUAAAAGAGUGGUACAGAAGCACCUGGACUCUUCAGGACGACCCCUGUAAGAUUUACUACAAUCUCCUGUUUGUCGACCCACUUCUGCUGGUACCUCCGACCAAGGCGAUCUCCUUUACCAUCACAACUUUCAUCACAGAGCCAAUGAAGCACAUUGGCCAGGGAAUCAGUGAGUUUUUUCGGGCCCUCCUCCAAGAUCUACCGGUUACCUUGCAGAUCCCUGUUCUCCUCAUAAUUGUUCUCGUCGUGGUGGUAUUUGUGUUUGUCAGUGUGCAGGCAGCCUUCCUGCAUGGCAUCACUGCACCUCUACGCCAUUGGGGUCCACCUCCUCCUGGGCUCCAACAACCACAACAGCAGCCUCAGGCUCUAUUCCAGGGGGUUGCGGACCUAGACCCUUUAGCAGGCAGGGAUACACACCAGCAAGGUCCAAGGCAGCAAGCCGAUGAUGGCAGAGCACACAGGAAUCCAGUUCGUCAGCGGCAUCCCAAUAGACCCAUUGAGAAGAAGGCCCGGGUGGUUGUUGAGACACUGCAAUCAGCUGCCCGCAGUGAGGAUGAGACAGACAAUGAGCAACAGGAGGGAAACUGUGAGGUUGAGCAGAAUCUGACCGAGGAGUCAGAUGCAGAAAACCAAGUGGAGAACAAAGAGGAGCCCGAAGAAGCAGCUGACAACAGGGUUGCUGCUCACAUAGCCCAAGCAAAAACCAAAACCACACCCAAGGCCAAACCUAUGAGAGUCAGUGAGAAUCGUUCCCAGGACCAACACAGUGGAGACGAUGAGGCACCCAAAUCUCAGCCGGCAGGAAAUCCGCCUUCACAUACUGAUGUCAACGGGAGUUCUUGA